AUUGCAUGUGAAGAAUUUUUGAAAAUUUCCUUGUGUAUUUUUUUAUGACAAAUAAAUUGGUAAUUAAAAACUUGAAAAUCGUCACUUUCAGUUUCAUUUUAUUGUGAUGCUAAAAAUAGCCGACGUUAAAAAAUUUUAUUAUGUUCCAUAAACAAAACAAAUACUGACAGGCGCGAAUUUUAAAAAUUUUAUUGUGUAUUUUUAAAAAAUUUUUUUUAUGACAGUUAAUUUUGUAAUUAAAACCUUAAAAAUUGUCAAAUGUCAGUAUUACAAUUUAUUAAAAAUGAUUUAUUUAUAUUUCAAAUAAUCGACAUUUAACUAAAUCGAUCUAUCGAAAAAUAAAAUCUCCAGUUUCUCUCUCCAGAAUAUUUCAACUCGAUAUUUAAACUCGAUAGAAUAAUAUAUCGAGAGUUCAGAGUGAGAGUUUGUAAGAUAAACACGCUAGUGAGAUCAAAAAAUACCACUGGAAUGUCUUGCUUUAAUUAAUUAAUUAAUAUACAGAUAUAUAUAUAUUUAUGUGUACAUAAAUUAAAUAAAAUAGUAACAAAAAUAGAUGACGUAGUGAAUAAUCUAAAUAAUUUAUUUAUUUAUUUAUUAUUGUAAAUAUUUAUAAAAAUAAGUCAUGAUAAAAUUGAGAUAAUGAAGCGUAAUGUAAUUAGCUUAAUUAAAUUUUUGUUUGUUGCCACGUUUGCGGUAUUACUGACAAUUGUCGUGUUCCGUUAUGUCCGUGGACCCCGAAUUUCGUUCACUGGAUCUCCACAUUCCCUAAAUUUAUUUGACGGAGACAAAACAUCAAAUCCUAAUGGUCAACUGGAAGAGAAAAUUGAUUGGCAUGACUACAAAAAAAUUAAAGAGGAUUCCGAGAGAGUGGGGAUCGGCGAGCAGGGAAAGCCAGCAAUUUUAUCACCAACAAAACGGCUAAUAGAAGAAAAAUUAUAUAAAGUAAAUGGUUUUAAUGCUGCGCUGAGCGACGAUAUUUCUCUGAAUCGUUCUGUUCCCGACAUACGUCACCCGGAUUGUAAAAAGAAAAAAUAUUUAAAGAAAUUACAUUCAGUAUCUGUGAUAGUAUCAUUCCACAAUGAACACUUUACAACAUUACUGCGUACAUGUUGGAGUGUUAUCAACAGAUCACCAGCAGAAUUGCUUGAGGAAAUAAUUCUGGUUGAUGAUGCAAGUACAAAAGUUGAGCUAAAAGACAAACUUGAUAAUUACAUAGCUAAUAAUCUUCCAAAGGUUACGGUGAUAAGACUGCCGCAGAGAUCAGGUCUGAUACGAGGUAGAUUAGCCGGUGCUAAGAAAGCGAGGGCUAAAAUUCUAGUUUUUCUCGACUCACAUACAGAGGCUAAUGUUAACUGGCUCCCGCCACUAAUAGAACCCAUCACUAAGGACUACAAGACAUGCGUGUGUCCAUUUAUAGACGUAAUUGCAUUCGAUACCUUCGAAUACCGGGCGCAAGAUGAGGGCGCACGCGGUGCAUUUGACUGGGAGCUCUACUACAAGAGGCUGCCGCUGCUACCAGAAAAUUUGGCGAAUCCCUCGGAGCCAUUCAAGAGCCCGGUGAUGGCUGGCGGACUGUUUGCCAUCAGCGCUCAGUUCUUCUGGGAACUCGGUGGCUACGACCCGGGUCUCGACAUCUGGGGCGGCGAGCAGUACGAGCUGUCUUUCAAAAUAUGGCAGUGCGGUGGACAAAUGUUUGACGCGCCUUGUUCUAGAGUCGCUCAUAUUUACAGAAAGUUCGCGCCCUUUCCUAAUCCAGGGCGCGGUGACUUCCUGGGAAAAAAUUACAAACGAGUGGCGCAGGUUUGGAUGGACGAGUACGCGGAGUAUAUUUACAAACGACGUCCUCAUUUGAGGAACCUCGACCCUGGUGAUUUGACAGUACAAAAAGCUUUGAGGGAUAAGCUUAAGUGUAAACCAUUCAAGUGGUUUAUGGAGAAUAUUGCUUUUGAUCUAGUAGAUACAUAUCCGCCGAUAGAACCUGAAGACUUUGCGCUUGGGGAGAUAAGAAACAUGGGAGUGCUGGAGCUCUGCUUGGACGCGAAACGCAAGGCCAAGAAUGAAGCCGUCGUCGUUGAUCUCUGCGUCAAGGACGGUGUGAAGGUCGCCAACGCUGAGCAGGAGUUCAGGUUGACCUGGAGAAAAGACAUACGUCCGAAGACCAGGACCGACUGCUUGGAUGUUUCUAGUGGAGUUCCCCGAGCUCCGGUUACUCUGUACCCCUGUCAUGGACAACAGGGCAAUCAGCGCUGGCGUUACAACGUCGAGAAGCAGUGGCUGAUGCACGGACUGGGUGACAGGUGUCUUGACACCGACCCCGCCAGCAAAAAAGUAUUUGUAUCAGCCUGCGAUGCUUCCUCGUCUACCCAGAAGUGGAGGAUUCAAGAGGUCAACAUGAUGGCUCUCAAUAACUGGGACAACGUCGGUCCGAAAAUAAAAUAAUUUCUUUAUCAUUCACUUUCACUACAUUCCAAUUACUUUAUUAUUAUUAUUUUUUUUUUAUCAAAAAAUGAACGAAUCAACAAAUCAUCAGUUUUGACUAGUCAUUGGCUAUUAUUUGUCAUAAAUAAUUUAAUUAAAUUCAACAAAAGUACCAAUUAAAUUAUUACUAUUAAUUUCUUAAAAUUAAUGUAAAUAUAUAUUGAAUGUUGUGCCUUGAAUUUUGCCAUGGUUUAUAUUUUAUCUAGUAAACAAUUACUAUCAUUAUUAUAAUUAUCAAUUGCUCAAAUUAUUUUAUUUAAUAAUUAAUGUCACAAAUGAUAAACUGU